AUGGAAGACGCUUCCUGCAGCGGCUCUACGCCCUUCAAGCGCCUCGUCGACCACCAGUCUCGCGAUCUCAGCCACCACCAAGACAGACAUGUGAGCCGAGGAGCUCUUGGCCAGAGCUCAUUUCGCUCUUCACAGCUGCACUCCGCCCAGGCCCAGCAAGAUGCCUUUGGUGCCUUCAUGGGCAGCGCUUCUGCCCUACCUGGCUUCGAGAGCGAUGCCGCGACCAGACUGACGCCCUCGCUACCCUUUGCACAAGUCGCGCCACCACACGCAGCAGCCCAUCCCAGCUUCUCCAGCCCCAUGCAUAUGCAGACUCCAGCGCCAGCAUCUACCGCGAGCAACUGGGCCGCCGACUUCAACCGCUUCACGAGCCAGCAGCAGCGGGCGCCAGCGCCAACACUGGCGCCAGCCCGCCAGAUGAGCCAUUCGCCAGCGACCCAGACGAGCUUCCAGUCUGCCUUUGCGCAGCCAAACUUUGCCUCUGCCUUUGGUCAGUCCGUAUUCAGCCAGCCGGUAGGCGCGGUGGCGGAGCCGGAUUUUGACCAGGAAAUGUCACGGUGGAUGUCGGCUCACGCGGCGGGCAACAUGCAGGAGGUGGACGCCGCCAUGGACCAGAUUGCCCGCGAGCUGGAGGAGAGCGAAGCCGUAGCCGCCGCCAUCGAGGCUUCGCGGCAGACGCAUGUCGAAACGCUCGAGAUGGGCGCCCUGUCGCUCGAUUCCAAAGAGCCGGAGCUCGACCUAUCGCCCGCCCUGGAGCAGCAGGAACAAGGACCGCAGCUGGAGCGAGAGCAACUUCAUGAACCCGAACCGGAGCCGGAGCUGGAAAAGGAGCCGGCAGAUGCGCAGAACGGCAAGUCUGCCGUCGCCGAAGCCGCCGAGAAGCUGCUCGACGCGGUCAAGCACGAGAGCGGCGAGAAGUGGCAAAACUCCAUCUUCUUGUCUCUGAUGCGGGACUUUCGCGACGGCCGGAAGGACAUUGUGGGCGACGAGAUACGAUCCACGGGGGGCACAGGGGAGACGACGCCGGCGGUGCAACCUGUUGCGACCUGA